AUCUCCUUCAAGGCAGAAGAGACUCACUAGAACAUGUGAAACCUUAAUUCAGAAAGUGGCCGUGUAUCAUGUGAAGUGCAUUAGAUAUCAUCUACAUUGUUCAUUUAUACCAUCUCCACCUAGCUCCCACCAUUUAUACCAUCACUCUGUCUAUAAAAUGCCCGCUCGAUUUCGACUUGUCACAAUAUUUCAUUGCCAAAUAUCGAAUCGUUUAUUAAUUUACUGUUGUUUGGCUCAAGGUAAAAAGUGAAAAAAAAAAACAUGAAGAAGGUUGUUUGUGUAGGAAUCAAUGUGCUGUUGCCUCUGACGGUUAGUUUCUUCGUGCUUAUAAUUCCGGCUAAAUGCAUCCGCCUGCAGCACUCGAUGGAGUAUGGAAAAAAUGCAUAUAAUUAUGAAGAUCGAACUGAUAGGCAAGCUGAGGCGGAUACCAGAAGAAGAAACGAAGCAAGGAUGGAGGAGCUGUAUCCGACAGGUUCGAGUCUGCCUGACUGUUCGCAUGCUUGCGGUCCUUGUACUCCAUGCAAGAGAGUGAUGGUGAGCUUCAAGUGUUCCAUCAGUGUCUCUGAACCUUGUCCUGUUGUCUACCGAUGCAUGUGUCAUGGCAAAUUCUACCAUGUCCCUUCCAAUUAGUAUCAUCGGAUUAUUAAACCUCAUCGCAGAGAACCAAAAUCAUUGUAGACCUCUGGUGAAAUUGUUAUGGCAUGUUUGUUCGGAGCUCAGUUGUCACUCAAUGUGUACCAGUUUUUUUUUUCUAACUAGAGACGAACUCAUUAGUUAAUGCACUAAAAUUGAUAGAAGCUGCAAGAGCUACUCAGGUUCUAACCUUUUCUAUUCGGUUUAAUUUUACAUUUUCAC